GGGACAGAACAGAAUUGUACUGAGGGACACACAGAAUUGUUACUGAGGGACACAGAAUUGUUACUGAGGGACAGACACAGAAUUGUUACUCAGGGGGACACAGAAUUGUUACUCAGGGACAGACACAGAAUUGUUACUGAGGGACACAGAAUUGUUACUCAGGGACACACAGAAUUGUUACUCAGGGACACAGAAUUGUUACUGAGGGACACAGAAUUGUUACUCAGGAGGACACAGAAU